GAGAUCACGUGAAACGAGCAAAACAAAUAUGGCGGUCACAGAGAGAGUACCAUAAAGCUAAGCGGUCAUCCUUUUUGCGUUAAUUCUCAUUUUCUAGUUGUUUUAAAAACAUUUUUACUGCCAUAUGCACGUCGCUUGAUGAAUACGAGCGUCCUCGCGCCGCAGAAUCGACCACAGAGCAAAACCGAAACCAAGAAAAUGAACGGAAGUGUCAGGCGUUCGUUUGAAAACAAACAUCCGGCUUUGCGUCGCGUGCGUUUUUGUGUCCCUGUUAAGAGAUGGACAGACAUGAACUCUUAGGUGAAGGAACGUCUGUGAUGUUCGUGAACGCGGAUAAGGCCGCGGGGCGCCGCAAGCUUAAAUAAGGACGAGCCGCCAUGGGUUUUGUUAACUUAGUGAUAACUUCAGUAGGAAAAUGUCUGGACGCGGUCUGCUUCCUUCUGGACCUAAACUUUCUCAUGGUCCACACGGUGGUCCGGACUCUCCUGACUCUGCUUGCCUUCAUACACAGCGUGCCCUCCCUCCUCAUCAGUUCGGCUCUGCAGCUGGGGAACCUCUGCAUGUACUGCGGCAUGUGCGUGGCAGAGGCAUCCUCACACCUCGCCCACGGCUCGGUCAGCCUGCUGGGUAGCGUGGUCCUGGCCCUGGAGGGGCUGCUGGAGAGCCUGAAGAUGGUGGGUUACCUGUCGAUGCACGUGCUGCUCAGAGGAAAAGAGCACCUGUACCGCAGUGUGCUGUCACUUCUGGAGGGUUGUGGCAUUGCUCUCAGCCUGGUGGUCUACUUCACCAAUACGGUGGUGAACUUUGUCCUCAUUGCCACCCACAAUGUCUACUUGGCAGCAGUCAGUGUGUGGCAGACGGUGUCCAGCCCACUCCAGAAGGUGGUGGAGCUCGCUCUGACCUCCAUCACUUGUCUGUCCAGCUGCCUGACGGGAACGUCAGCUUUCCUGUGGUCUCCUUGCAAGCUGGUUCUGGACUUCCUGAUCUCCCUGCUGCAUAUGUUCAUCAGUAUCUUCAUAUUGAACAUCUAUGGCCUUCUACUCACCGUCACUAUCGCCUUGACUACCACCGCCUACCUUAACCCAGGACUGGUCCAUCAAGCCUUUAUUCGCCUCGUGGAAUACAUGAAGUCUUUUUCUGUUUUGCGGGGAUUUUAUCGGGCUGUCCAUCGCUGUGUCACGGCCCUGUGGAACACUCGACAUCUGCUCCGCCGAAACAUGCAACACCUGCAUAGGUCUCUCCGUCACCUCCAGCUACUGCAGGCUGCCAUGUGGCAGCAGCUGUCUCAGUGCAGCAGGCAGCUGUGCCGUCUUCUGCGAACGAUGCUGCACAGGGGCAACAGAGUCGGAGGCGACGGCGACCCCGGAGAGAGGAGGCGGGACCCGCCGGACGGGAGAGCAGGAGGCGGGGACCACCGGGAGCUGCUGGAUUUAGUGUUUCCCUCCUCCAGCAAAGACGGCCCUUUGAAAAAGCUGCUGUCUUCUGGAAAGAAGCGUAAACAUUUGCCUGCUGAAAGCCUACUGACUUUACUGAAGGAGCAGGAGGAGAGGAAGAAGUGCGUGAUCUGUCAGGAUAGCACCAAAACCGUGGUGCUGUUGCCGUGCCGACACCUGUGCCUGUGUCGAGAGUGCACAAACAUCCUUCUGAGGCAGCCCAUCUACCAGCAGAACUGCCCUCUCUGUCGUCACAUGAUUCUCAACACUAUGGACGUGUAUUUAUAGGGAUCAAUGAUCCGUGAAAAGCCUUACAGUAUUUACAGAAAUAGAAAGGAGUAACGAUAAGCCUAAGAGUAACACCAACACUGUUCUUAUGUGAUAUUCAAUCUGUUCUUUCUCCAUAAAGCUGUAAAUCUAAAAAAAAAAAAUGUAUCUGUAAUGUUUUAUUUUGAAGGUACUCCUCAAUCUUAAAGGGAUCAGUGUUAAAACAGAUCAUAGUGGAUACUUGGUAUAUCGCUUUUACUAUUUUAGAUGUGAAAAGCAAAGAAGAUUUCCAGACUCUUCUUGCAAAACUGGGUAAAAAGCUGUGGAAACUAAACUCAAAAGUUGCACAUACUCAAAACGAAUGCCAAAAAUCUGCAGUCUAAGCUCCAUUCUGCACAUUUGAUACCAAAAUGAGACAAACAUUGAUUAACACGCAUAGUAAAUCUGUUUUUAUAGACCAGAAGUGUGUUUUUUUUAAUGCUGGGUAGUGCUGUCACUAACAGUCUCAUUUGGAUUCUAUUUUUUUUUUAUGUUUCUUUUGUUAGCUUUCUUUUUCGACGUUUAUUUAUGGAAUAAUUCUAUCUCUAAAUAGUAUUUUUACUUGCCCUGCAUUUAAAAUUAACAAUGCUCUGUGCAUAGGAUACACAUGUACCGUUGAAAGUAUUUUUUGAUUUUUUUUUUCCCACUUUUAACCCUCAUUUCCAUAUUAACCUAUUAACAUUGCAUCCUAAUGCUGGUUAAAGGUAGUUAGCUUAAAAUCUCUAGUACUCAAAGAAAAGUGAGGCAUCCUUUUCAUAUUUUAACCCAAGAAAUCUACCAAUACAAAUGGAACAUACCAUGUGUGUAGCAGGGUCGUACUAAGUUAUCAGAAGUGCAAAAACGCUAAAACUGUGUACACAAACAUUUUAGAAUAAAAAUUGUGCUUUAGGUUUGUGUUCCUGUCACUCUCAUUCUAAACAGCUGCAGUCUUUGUUGUUUCACUACAUUGCUGUUGAGUCUCAGGUGUUCUGAUCCAUGUGUGCCCCCCAGAAGAGCUGAAGCGUUUCCCACCGCUCACAUCUUAAAGCACUGAGUAAAGGUGCCAUUUUUAUCUGUUCCUAUCACAAACCUGGCAACCCAUAAGGAGUUUCGAGUUUUUCCCUCUGACCUCAGCUCUGUGUGGCAUUAGAGGCUUUUUCCAGACUGUCAGCUGAGCUCUGUUACAGUCACCAUCUCCAAACAAUCCAUAAAUGGUCUCCCCUUUCUGUCUAACACACUAAGAAGCAGAUUUCUGUUGUAUAAAAGCAACAUAAACUAAUAACACCAGUAGCCCAGUUAUAUUUGCUCUCCUGGUUUAUUUAAUGCUUUCUCAACUGAGAUGUUGGUUUUAUCCUGUUAAAAGUUUACAACAACAGGAGGAGGACAUGUGGGAUCACAUGAGUUUCAAGGACAAAUGUCCAUAUCAUUUAUACAUUUUUUUUUACUUUUAAAUCAACAUGUAUUUUGUGCUAUGAAAUUAUGAUUGCUGUGAUGUAAAAAUAAAAAAGUAGUAAAUGAAUGUUUUUUUUUUCCUGUACUCUGGCUCCUCAGGUAUUUUUGAAACACUGUUGGCAUUCCUUACUAAUUCCUUGCGUGGGUUUGAAAAUGUGACUCAGCUGUUGUUUGCUGCUACAUUUGGCAUGUAUGAUUAGAAAAUCUGAAAGUAUUGUGUAAUUAUUUUUUUUUUACAGGUGUGAGUCUGCAAUAAAACUAGCAAAUUCACAGUUCAUAAUAAAACAAAAUCUAAAAGAAA